AUGAAUGUUUUAAGAGUGUGUUCACCUGAGUUAGAAUUUAUAUAUGUACUACCUGGUUGGGAGGGUUCAGCGCUUGAUGGUCGAGUACUUCGAGAUGCUAUUUCUAGGCCUAAUGGGUUAAAAGUGCCAAGAGGUUGUUAUUAUUUAUGUGAUGGUGGAUAUACUAAUGGAGAAGGAUUUCUUACACCACAUAGAGGACAACUUUAUCACCUUAGAGAAUGGAGGAACGGCAACCGACAACCACGAAGUGCAGAAGAGUACUUCAACUUAAGACACGCAAGUGCUAGAAAUGUGAUUGAAAGGUGCUUUGAAUUAUUGAAAGGGAGAUGGGGUAUUCUUAGGAGUCCAUCAUGGUUUAGUUUGCAAACUCAAGGCCGAAUUGUCCUAGCUUGCUGUUUACUUCAUAAUUUAAUUAAAAAAUAUAUGCCACCAGGAUCGAUUUAUGAGGAUAUUUCGGAUGAUGAUGAAGAGCUUGAUGUUAGUGAAGAUGAUGAUGACUUAGGAGUUGAGUAUAUAACUUCUAUUAAUGUUUCUGAUCCAUGGACAAAUUUCAGAAAUGGAAUGGUUCAAACUAUGUUCAAAAAUUGGCGAGCUCGACGACAACGGGAUGAUCAAUGA